AUGUAUACACCGAAUAGAAGUAUCGAACGAUGGCAAACACCUAUAUUUCUCUCCUCUAGACCAACUCAACCAUCCCAAGGUCCAAUCUACCAUGUCUACAGUCAUUACGGAUGUAGUAGUAAAGAUAUUGACCGUUGUGAAAUGUGUAAAUAUUUAUUACAAUCAAACACUUAUCUACAUUCAAAUCCGCAAUCACUUCUAGCGGCAACAGAAAGUCGUGUCCUACCACAAAUUCAACGUCAACUAUCACCAACUCCAAUCAAACCAACUCGGCAUAGGAUCGAUGAUAAAAAUGAUCUAUAUCUCUUACCUAAGCAUCCUGGAUCACCACGAACACGUCGAGAAGCUGAAGAUGCUGCUAUUAUUAAUAUAUGUUUAAAAGAUAAAUCUAUUGAUCGAAUUGUACUUGUCGAUGCUGACGAAGAGAACAAUCCUGAAGAUGAUGAUGAUGUUCUCUUUGUUCGUUUAUAUGAUCUUGAACAACGAUCGUCUCAAUAA